AUUUGACUUGAGUGUUUUUUUUCUUCAAUUCUCCCUUUUUUUACGGGUAAUUUGGCCUGUACUUCGCAUAUGAGCAAGUGUGCAAUUUUGGCAUCACUCUUUCCGCCUUCCCACCUUAUCUCCUCCAAGGCAACCACUUCGUUCUCUCUUCACUUCUCCAGCUGCAAUGGCUGGCAAACGGAGAACGGAGACCGAGGAGGGGGUAAAUAAUGAACCGCCUGCUGAAUUCAAUGAAGAAGAAGAAGAACAAGAAGUAGAAGAAGAAGAAGUAAGGGAAGAGAAGAAGCAUUCUUACAAUUCAGAUUCCGAUUCCGAUGAUGAAAUGCCAUACAUUCGACCUGGAGAGUACGACCCCAAUGAAGUGAGCGAAGAUCCAGAUGAUAAUAUCAGGGAUUUCUUGCGUGUUAUCUAUUCGGACCGGGCCCUGAAAAAGGAGGAGGAAAAAGAGAGAACUCGCCUUCCGUAUGAGGAACUCUUCAACUUCCCGAAAGACCCCGAGAAGUGGAGUGAGGAGGAUUUGAAGGAGAUAUGGGCGGACCCUCCGACUGGAGCAAACAAAACCGGCUGGGACCCGAAUUGGGCUGACAGGGAGGAUAAAAACGCUGUGAGAAAUGAGGUUAAGGCGGGUCGGGAGCCGCCCAUUGGCCCGUUUUACAUUCCUUACAGGAAGCCAUACCCAGCCAUACCAAAUAAUAACCACGACAUCUCCAAUCCAAAGGCUGUGAUUGAAGAGCUCGAUAGAAGAGAGGAGUUCAUGAGAUGGGUCAGCUACAUUUUCAAAGAUGGUAGCUCGUAUGAAGGCACUGUUUGGGAUGACAAGGCACAUGGAAAAGGUGUUUUUGUUGGUCAGAAUGGGCUGGUCAGGUAUGAAGGUGAAUGGCUUCAUAAUGAAAUGGAAGGACAUGGGGUUGUUGAAGUAGAAAUUCCACACAUGCAACCCGUUCCCGGAUCCAAGCUAGAAAAGAAGAUGCGAGCUCAAGGGAGAACAAUAACAAGAGAUUCCAUGAGUCCAGAAGACAGAGAAUGGCUUGAAAUGGAUAUUGAAGAUAGUAUUGAAUUAGCUGGGGGAUAUUAUCAAACCCCUUUUUAUGAGAGAAGGGAGUGGAUAAGGCACUUCGGAAAGAAACCAGAGACGGGCCAAUAUAAAUAUGCUGGUCAGUGGAAGCAUGGUAGAAUGCAUGGUUGUGGUGUAUAUAAGGUCAACGAGCGAAAAAUAUAUGGCCGGUUCUACUUUGGAGAAUUUCUUGACCAGGAUACUUAUGGCUGUGAUGUUGAAAUUUCUGCAAUGCAUGCCAGUAUAGCAGAAGUUGCUGCAGCUAAAGCUAGAAUGUUCAUUAACAAACCUGAUGGAAUGGUGAGAGAAGAAAGAGGACCUUAUGGUGAUCCUCAGCACCCCUAUUUCUAUGAAGAAGAUGAUGUGUGGAUGGCACCGGGCUUCGUUAACCAGUUUUAUGAAGUUCCUGAUUACUGGAAGAUGUAUGUGCAUGAGGUGGAUGAAGAAAGGGAAUUGUGGCUGAAUUCUUUUUACAAAUCUCCUAUGAGGUUGCCUAUGCCUGCAGAGCUUGAGCAUUGGUGGGCCAAUGACGAAGAACAAGAAUUUGUUAUUUUUAACAAGGAACCAGAGCCUGAUCCUGAAGAUCCAUCAAAAAUCAUAGACACUGAAGACCCCCUCAUAAUGCAUGUACCAACUGGAAGGUUCAUCGACUAUCUAGAGGAUGAGGAGCACGGGAUCCGUUUAUUCUGGGCACCUGAUAUUCAAGAGGGAGAUGAGUACCUAGACACCGAUGGAGGAGAAGAAGAAGAACAUAUUGAAUUCCUUCCUUUAGGAUUUGAUGAGUUUUAUGGGAAAGAAACAUAUGUGGAAGGAGGACACUUUCUGAAGAGUAUUUGUUCGUCUGUAAAAAGCGCUUUCAAACCAAUGUUAACCAGAUUGGAGAAAUGGUCGGAAGAACACAAGAAAGGCGUGGAGAUGAAGAUGGAGUUGAUAAAGAAGGAAUACGAAUUGGCAGAAGCAGAAUCUGCUCUGAAUGAGGCAGUUGAUGACUUGGAUAGUGCAUUCAAGAUGAUGCAGGAAGUGGAGGAAAAGAAGGCAGCGGAUAUGGGUAUCCAUGAUGAAGAGGAAGAAGAUGGCACUCCUAAGCACUCCGUGAAAUUUGAGAAAAACAGGGAGGAAGAAGAGGAAGAUGAAGACGAUGACGACACUGCUACUGCUGGUUCUUCAUUUAGUUUUGGGUCAGUUGACAAUCAAGAGCAGGCUAAAGAAAAUAUUGGGAACAAAGAAGAACCUGGAAAGUCUCCCUAUGGAGAAUCUUCUUUGCCAUUUGCUGCAUGUUCUAUUGCUUUCCAAGUUCCUUUAAAGCUACAACAUUCAUUUAGGACAUGGAAGGAGGGUAAAGCAAGGAAACAGCCAUCUUCAGCUACUGUUUUCCAUUCCAAUGGUUGGUCUCAUGAUGGAGCGGCCUCUAAUUCAAUUACUUUUCCCAAUACUGCUGCUAAAAAUUAUAGACUAAGAGCAGCACGAGACGUGCAUUACCAUGGAAAGCUGCCGAGGGUACUGAAACCCAAGCACAGAGUUCAGCCUAAGAAGAAUACUUCUCAAGAAGUCCAAAGAAGUAAGGAAGAUGGGUGUAGCUUAACUAUACUGUCCUUGCAUACGCCCUUACUGGCGUAGUCACUAGUUUCCUCGUAAUUUUUUGUACCAAAGUUUUGUAAUAUUUUCAGGCAUAAUGUUGGCAUAUAUUUUUAGCAAUAACAUCUCACUUGUUGACAAUGGAAUAAUUUAUGAUCAUUUUGGUAUCAUUGGAAAUGGUAAACUUAGACGUAUGAUGAACCUUGUUUGAUUACAUUGCGUUUACAACAUUUAUACCUGGAGUCCAC